GAGGUGAAGGUGGCUGAAGGUGCAGAGUCUGUCCUCCUGCCCUGCAGAACAUCACCUGACCUGCAUGAGAAAACAUCAGCGGACUGGACUCGGUCAGAACCAGCAGUAAAUGUGGUUCACAUGUAUCCAAGCAGAGACCAGAAAAACCAGGACGACCUUUACUGUGGGCGUACAAAGCUAAAUGAGGACCUGCUGAGAACUGGAGACGUGAGUCUGACCCUGAGGUUCCCCACAGACAGAGACAGUGGGACCUACAUCUGCACCGUCUACAGGGGCGAGGACAUCCUGAGAUGGAAGGUGGUUCUGAAACAUGUCAGAAAAGAACCAUUUCCAUCCUGGGCCAUAGUUUUCCUGGUCUUCCUGCUUCUGUUUAUUGCCUCUGCUGGACUUUCAUAUCAUUUUCGGCACUAUUUCAUGGCAGUCUCACAGGUGGUGGUGAACUCAGAGAUGAAGUCUGUGGUGCUGCCCUGCAGAACCAGACCACAACUGCCUAAAGAUGUUAAAGUGGAGUGGAAGGAUGAAUACAACAGGACGGUCCAUGUGUAUAAGAACGGUGAAGAUCAGCCUGAAGGACAUGAACGUGGUUCUGAUCAGCCUGAGAAACGUGGUUCUGAUCAUCCUGAAGAACGUGGUUCUGAUCAGCCUGAAGGACAGGACCAGUUCUACAAAGACAGAACCAAAAUGAAUAAAAACGCACGAAUAACUGGAGACCUCAGUCUGACCCUGGAACACCCCACAGAUGAAGACACUAACGUCUACACCUGCACCGUCUACGGCAGAGGGGGAGAAAUCCUGAAGGAGAAACAAGUUAAUCUCCAGGUCAAAGUCCCACAGGUGGUGGUGGAUUCAUUUGUAGACUCUCUCCUGCUGCCCUGCAAAAUCACAGAUGACCUGCCUGGAGGUGUUAAAGUGGAGUGGACAGACAGCAGAGAUAAGAAGGUCCAUGUGUUUGAGGAUGGUUCAGAUCAGCCUGAAGAACAGGACCAGUUCUACAGCAACAGAACUGAGAUGGAUAAAGACCCUCUGACAACCAAAGACUUUAGUCUGACUCUGAAAUACCUCACAGAUGGAGACAGUAACAUCUACACCUGCACCGUCUACAACAGUGACGAAAAGAUCCUGAUGAUAAAACAGGUUGAGCUGAAGGUCAAAGCAAAAACUCAGGACCAACCAGAGGACCAAUCAGAGGACAUUCCUCUCCUCAGCAGGGAGAGUACAGAUCCCGGACCAACCAGAUGA